CCUCCUUCCCUCUUCGCCAUUCCCCCUUCGCGCACCUUCGCCAUCGAAAGCGUCCUGUGCACGAAACAUCCCCCUCUGAUCCUCCAACCUUCUUUUCCUUAGUCUCUUUUUUCUUUGCGCAUUUGUUUUUCCUCAUCUUCUUUCCCCUUGUUUUAUCCUGUAGUUUCAUCAUUUGUGCCCGAAAGUUCCCUCAUUUCUUCCCGUAUUUGUCGUCUCUCUCCGAAUUCAUUUCCGUCCUACUCUCUGCAGACUGGUGCAACUUGCGCAGUUGCAGCAUCCCUGUCACGGAUCCCAUCGACCCUACGAUUGCGCCCGUCACUCUCAUUCGCUCCAAGCCACAUCCAGGCUUUCGUCAGCGAAUUGGGUCCAAUUGACGCUGCUGCCCGAACGCCUUGCUUUCCCGCCGUGCUGGUCGCUCAUUGCUCAUCUCUCCACUUGUGUCCUCCGUUUGGACCAUUUUGAUUUCCAUCCCCACCCUCCCUGAUCAUCGAGACUCACCAAGGUUCCACCCACCGUUGUGUCUUCCUUUUUCCUUUUUUUUUUUCUCUUUAUUGAUCCAUUCGGGGUUUUCACUUUCGGGUUGAUUUUCCAUCUUCCUGCCGAUCUGCGACCUUGACACGAUCUCCCCGACCCUGCCCCGAUCACCUCAAAUCUCCCUUCUGACUGCCGUAUCCCGCCCGCCAACCUUAGCGAAUGCUGGUCACCAAAUAUUCCCGCGGAUUACUCUCAGACCCCCAUUGAUGGGGCUCUCGACAUGAAUCCCAACCCUCAAUUCCCCAAUGCCCCCGGCGGCGGGGGCAUGGUUGGUGUCAAGCCCGGCAUGCAGCAGCCCAACAAGGAUAGCCAACAGAGUCAGUCCAUUAUCAUGGGCCAUGUCGCCCAGGUUUUGCACGCUCAAGGCCCCUUCAGUGGAUGGAAGGCAGAUGUCCACAUUAAGAUACGUGCGAUGAAUGUUUGGCAAAUGAUCACCUCUCUCCGCCUAAUCCAACCUCGUAUUGAUAUCCAAGCCGCCGCCCAGGCCGCCCUCAGUUUUGAACAAAAAGCUUUCUUAAAAGCUAACGAAAGAGUUGACUACGAACGUGAAUGCAACGAAAAGCUCUCCCACAUCAAAGAUACCCGUCAGAGACAGGCUGCGGUCGCGCUCCAAAGCGGCAUGCAAAACGGCAUGAUGCCCCAGGCGGGUGGCAUGCAAAAUUCUCUCCAACCCGGUUUCGCACAACAAAUGAAUCGAGGCAUGCAGGCGUCCCCAAUACCAGGUCAACAGCAGAUGCCCAUGGGCAUGAAUGACCCAAACCAACAGGCAGCGAUGCAACAGCGUCAACAACAACAGUCGGCUAUGCUUCAGCAACAACAACAACAGCAACAGCAACAGCGUGCUCAACAACGCCCAACGAACAGCGGCCCCCUCCACGACGACCUGAAUACCCUUUCCCCGCAAGACGUUGAGCAUGUCUCUCGCCUGGCCAAUCAAAUGUUGGCCAAGACAUCAGCCGAAGACAUGGAGAAGAUCAAGAUGAACCUUUCCAACAUGAGUGCCGAACAACGAACUUACCUGGCUCGCAAGAACAUGGACCCGAUGACAUAUUUCUUCCGCUCACAAGCUUUGAAUCAACUCCGCCGACACCGCCGAGCGCGUAUGGAAAUGGGCCGUCCGAAUAACUCUGGAAUGGACUCCAACGGCGCCAUGAUGGGAGAUCCCAUGAUGAAUCAACGUCAAAUGCUGCAGAAUAUGAUGAACCUCCAGCGCAACUCAGGCUUCUCUGGAAGUCCUAGCCAAGGUCUCGAUUCAAAUUCUUUCAUUGGUAAUGUGGAAAAUAUCCAAGGUCAGCAGGCAGACGGUCUGCGCUCACAGGAGGCUGGGCAACUGGUGGUCCCUGCAAGCUCUUCACAGAUGAAUCAACAGCCUUUCCCCAACCAGCAGCAGCAAAACAUGUUUCCGCAGCAGAUGGGCCAAAAUGGCCAGAACAUGAACCCACAGCUUUUUGGCCAGCAACAUUUUCCAAACGGUUCUAAUGGCCCGCAAGACCGCAUGCAAUUCCAAGCUCAGCAGUCGCAAGCCCAGGCUCAAGCCCAGGCACGUGCGCAACAAGCGGCCGCUCAGAAAGCUCAGCUUGCUCUAGCAGGCCACAAUGGACAAGCAAACCCCCAGAUGGCCCAGUCUAGCCCCGUCAUGCCGAUGUUGAACCAACCGAUGGCUCCUGGUCAGAUGUCUCCCGUCCAGGUGCCUGGCCAACCUCGACCUCCAUCUCGUCCACCAAAUGCGGGUCAGCCCAACAUGCAAGGUCGACCACAGAUUCCCGCCAACCUUCCACAGGCGGUCCAGGAGCAACUCGCCCAAAUGACCAAUGAGCAGCUUCAAGCGUUUUUCCUCACUCAACGUCGCAACGCAAUGGCAAAUAACAUGGCUCGCAAUGCUGGCCAGCAACCCGGUCCUCUUCAGCAGACAGCAUCACAACCCGGUCAAAACCAGGCCAUGUUCAAUGGCCAGAUGACCGGCAACGGUCGAAUGAGGAAUUCAAUGAGUAUGCCGCAGGGCAUGAAUCCUGCCGGGUCAGCUCCGCCUCAGCAGAUUCCAGGUCAAGCUCUGACCCCCCAACAACGUGUGCAGCAGCAGCAGCGCCAACAAGAUCUUUACAAACUUCAACUCUUGCAUCAGCAGAACAAUGGCUUGGAGAUGACUCCUGACCAGGUCAAAGAAAUGGAUCGCGCAGCCUUUCCACCCAAUAUCAUUAAUAACCAAAACCACAACCCUUCUCAGGUACCUAAGCACAUCAAAACUUGGGGCCAACUUAAGCAGUGGGCCAACACUAAUCCACAAGCAUCGAACGGUGUCGAUCUGACCAAACUCAUGAUGCUGCAAAAACUCCACUUUGGCCAGAUUUUAGCUAAUAGGGCCGGAGCGAACAACCAGGGCCAGGGCAUCUUGUCACAGCACCCCCCGGACAGCCAGCCUCAGAUGCCUCAGAUGCGGCCACUCACGCCCCAGGAUAUCCACAUGGCUCGUCAAAAGAUGGGUCAAAAUUCCAACAACCUCUCUGAUGACCAGAUUCGUGAGCUCCUCCAACACCGCCAGAGGCAGAUCAUCCUGCAGGCCGCACGUGCCCGCCAACAAGAGAUGAAUAUGAAAAUGCCACCUGGGCAGCACAAUCAACCCAUGCCGCAAACUCCUGUCUCCGUACCCCAGCCCGCUGCUCAAGUGAAUCCACCCACAGGGCCGCAACCAUCGGCAAUGACCGACCAGCAGCAGUCAAAUACUAAGCCUCAAGCUGGAGCUCCAGCAAAGAACGCCAAGGCUGCAGCCGCUAAACAGAACCAGAAGAGCAAGGUCAAAAUGGAAGAUACCGGAGAAGCCCAGGCCUCAGUCACACCUCAGCAGCCCCAUCAGGUUGCUGUCCCUGCAGGUGCCCCCCCUGCAGCUCGGCCAGGCGUUCCAUUCUCCCACGAGCAGCUUAAUUCGAUGACUCCCCAGCAACGCAUGCAAGUCGAAAGUCAUAUGCGGAAGCAACAGCAGACGUUCCUUCGUGGCCCGAUAAUCAGUCGAGCUGCAGCGGAUGAGAACUGGAAAAACAAUCUCAAGCCUGAGAUCAUGAGCGUUUACAUGGAUAUCGCCAAGAGCGCUCCACCUACUCAGCCCAUUCCAAACUCUCCUGAACAAAAGGCGGUUAUGUCUCAGCUGCUGAUGGACUCGUUGGAUAUCCUCGGAAGGUUGGAUUUCUUGAUGUCACACGGGUUUGCUAAGAUGCAGGGCCAAGAGAAGAACGUCAGAAAUCUUCUUGCAAUGCGGGUUCAAAUUAUGCGACAAUUCAAGAACAACACACAGGAUUGGGUUCUCAACGAUCAGUUCACCAUCAGCCACGAUUACUUGACUGGCGCUAUUUUGUUUAUUCGAAAGUUGUUCCAGUUGAUGUUCCUUCGCAUGAAUCAACAACGGUCAAACGCUGCUGCCCCUGGAUCUGCUGCACAGGCACCAAGCACCACUGCGUUAAACGCGACCAAUCUUCUACAGUUACAAGCACAACAGGAAGAAGCUCUUCAACACGCCCGACGUGCCUCCAGUCAGUCUGGUGCAGCAGCUGCCCCCGCACCAUUCGGGGCGCCGUCUCCACAGGGUGUGCCGCACGCUUAUGGUCCAGGUGGUCUUGCGCCGGAGAAGCUGAAACUUCCCCCACCCAAGAAGAGAAAGCAGUCUCACGCUGGUGCCGCCAGUUCCUCACCGGUGCAACCUAACUCUGUCACCAACGCUGCGGCGACCUACCAAGCAGCCGUGGCGAACGCCAAAACAAAGGCCGCCGCUUUGGCUGGCGCAUUCAAGUGUAGCUUCGUCGAGUGUCAACACCAUUUCCAGGGCCUACCAACCCAAGCGGCCUUGGAUAAACACGUUGAAGAAAACCAUCAGCCCGAGGAAGAGGAGAUUAUCGGCGAUCCCAUGCAGUUCUACCUUGACAGUGUUUCAAUUGGCCUGGGGUUGACCGCCGACGGCCAGCAGCCCAAGCAAUCCAUCGAAUCCGCUCCUUCUACCAACACCAACAACAAACUCAGUGCAAUGGCCUCACCCGCUAAGCAGGGCUUGCCCACACCUGUCACUGCUAGCGCAACACCCAUGGCUCGCGUGACUAGCCAACUCGGAGCUAAGACUGCGUCUCCUGCGACAUCUGCGCAGCAGCUCACUCCCCUUCAGGCCGCGAUUAAGAGUGGAAAGCCCUCCCCUGGAAAGCAACCUGGCAAGCGCACCUUGGAUGACCUCGAGGCUGAGGAACCUUGGGCAGAUGCCCCGAUGAACCUCGAAAAAAUUCAUGAUACUUUCGCACCCAUUCUUGCAGAUUGCCGGCGCAAGGGUCUGGGCUACGAUCCCUUCGAUGAAUUCCUGAAUACCGACAUGUUCUCCCUCGAACAAUCCGAUGAUACUCCAGACUCUCGAGACACUGCUCUAGCAAUCCUAACUCCCAAGGAUGAGCACAAAGAUUGCAAUGGUGUUGUUUGGUAUGAUUUCAUGCCAUGGGAUGAAGACUCCAUCCAAGCCACCCAAGACUGGAUGCAGUUACCUCCUUCCUCCGAGUUCUCUAAUGGCGUUCGAUUCCCGACCGGUUCUGAUGCUCUGAAAUUUGAUUGGAAUAAUGACGAAGAACCGCAAAAGGACAUGAGCCUUGAGAAUGGCACUAUUGCCAUUGCCGCCCUAUGA